AUGAACGUGGGCAAGUGUGGGGGUUGGAGAAGAGGAGAGCAAGGCCAGAUCAUAAAAGGUCUCACAGGAUGGCACUUGCUGGAUUUGCUGAAGGCUCCAGGGAAGAAUGGGGCCAUUGCCUUCCUGGAGAGCCUGAAGUUCCAUAACCCUGACAUCUACACCCUGGUCACGGGGCUGCAGCCCAAGAUGGACUUCAGCAACUUCAGUGGGCUCAUGGAGACGUCCAAGCUGACAGAGUGCCUGGCCGGGGCCAUCAGCAGCCUGCAGGAGGAGCUGAGCCAGGAGAAGGGGCAGAAGGAGGCCUUGCUAUGGCGCUGUCAGAAGCUGCCGGAGCGCCUGAGCCAGGCUGAGGCCCGCGCCCAGAGCCUGGGCCAGAUGGAGGCCAACCACGACCGCAUGAAGCGCGAGGUCAGUGCCCACUUCCACAAGGUGCUGAAGCUCAAGGACGAGAUGCUCAAUCUGUCCCUACGCUACAGCAACGCGCUGCAGGAGAGGGAGCUGGCCACCACGCGCUGCCGCAGCCUGCAGGAGGAGCUGUACCUGAUGAAGCAAGAGUUGCAGCACCAGAAGAUGUCUUCCUCCCGUGAGCAGGAAUUGCGAGAGCGGUCCCUGCAGAUUGCCGGUGGCCUGGAGCCCGGGGACAAGGAGCUGAGCCACCUGAAGGAGGAGAUUGAGAAACUCCGAUCACUGACCUUCAGCCUGGCGGAGAAUGACAUCCUGGAGCAGAACCUGGACGAGGCCCUGGAGAGCAAGCAGGGGCUGGUGGACCGCAUCCACUCUCUGAGGGAGCAGGCUGUGGCCGCCGAGAGGCAGCGCAAGCAGUACUGGGAAGAGAAGGAGCAGACCCUGCUCCAGUUCCAGAGGACGAAGGUAGACUGUGACCUCUACAAGGAGAAGGUGAACGCCCUGCAGAGCCAACUGCUGCAGCUACAGAAGGAGCGCGACCAGGCCUACUCUGCCAUCGCAGCCCAGAUGGAGAUUUCUCAGAAGCUGACGGAGAAGGACGCCUUCCGCAGGAAAGUAUUUGAGCUGACAGACCAGGUCUGCAAACUGCGCCAACAGCUCCGCAGGCCGAAGGCCGAGUCCCCGCAGGGGCCUAAGCAGGAAGCCGGCGCCAGGGAGCCCUGUCCAAAGGGAAAGCAGCCGCGGGUGCGCAUGUUCGCCAUCUGCCCACGGGAUGACAGUGACUCCGGCUGCCCCGGCCCCCCUGAGUCUCAGCUCUGCUCUGACCUGAGCGCCACGUCCAACCGUGAGCUGGUGGACAGCUUCCGCUCCAGCAGCCCCGUGCCUCCCAGUCCGCAGUCCCUGUACAAGAGGGCCACAGAGGACUUCCGGGAAGACCCCGGGUCUUUCAGUGGCUUCCCAGAAAUCCUGCAGGUGGACCGGGGACCCACUCCGGGGACGAAAGCAGGUGACGCAGACCUGGAUUAUGAGAUCGUAGACGGGGCAGACGUUCCUGAGUGUGAGAGCAGCCUGCAGCCGUGGGCCGGGGGCCUCACCCUGUCGUCCAGCAGCGUCCCAGUGCGGAGGAGGCUGGCCCGCAAGAUCCUGAGCCAGGUCACCGUGCUGGCCUUCCAGGGGGACGCGCUGCUGGAGCAGAUAAGCAUCAUCAGUGGCAACCUCACGGGCAUCUUCAUUCACCGGGUCACCCCCGGCUCGGCGGCGGACGAGAUGGCCUUGCGCCUGGGCACUCAGAUCAUGAUGGUGAGUGCAGCCCCCGCCCCACAAGCCCCUGCCCCGGGACCUUCUGUGGGUGGGGUCCGACUUGACACGGGCGUGUUGCCCAGCCAGCCCCAGCCAGUGAUCUUCGUGCCCAGGGUGGUAGGGAAGAUCCUGAGCGAGAAGCUGUGCCUCCUCCAAGGGUUCAAGAAAUGCCCAGCAGAGUACUUGAGCCAGAAGGAAUAUGAUGCCUCCAGCCAGAGAGGGGACAUCAUCCAGGACGGGGAGGCAUCUGGUGGCCGCUACUGGGUGACCCGCAGGGCUGUCGAGUCCCUCAUGGAAAAGAACACCCACACCCUCCUGGACAUCCAGCUGGACAGCAUCUGUGCCCUGCACAGGAUGGAGAUCGUCCCCAUCAUCAUCCACAUCCACAUCAACGAGAGGGCAGCAAAGAAACUCAAGAAGGCCCUGCAGUGGCUCGGCAUGUCCGAGGAGCAGCUCCUGGAGGCGGGCAGGCAGGAGGAGUCCGAGCUGGACAAAGCGCCCUGUCUAUACAGCAGUGUGGCCCCCGACGGCUGGGGUGACCCGGAAGCACUGCUCAGCUGUGUGCGCUACGUCAUCGGAGAUGAGCAGAAGAAGGUCAUGUGGACUGAGCAGAGCCCCCGCUGACGGCCCCGCAGUCCCCUCCAGGGCCUGUGGGGACCUCUGAGUCCCUGUGAUUUGAGCUCAGAGCCUCGCGGGCACAGCCUUGGGGGUGCUCACCACACAAGCCCAGCUCUCCGAGCAUCUGCUCCCCUCUCACUGGGGUCCAACCUUGAACCCCACUCUGCGCAGGUCACAGGUGGGCAUUCAAACCAUCCGCCCACCUUCCUGUGCAAGCCAUCUCCCCCUCCUCCAAGGCUUGGCUGCCAGGGUCUGAACCAGAGGCCUCGAGAACACGUCUGGGGUUUGGCAUCUCCUGCAUCCUCCCACAGCGGGAGGCCCCAGAUGUCUCCAGAAAACCACCUGUCUGACCCAAUUCUCCCCUUUUGCAUUUCAAUGUGCCAAAGGGCUUGUUCCAAAGCCACCGAGGCAGCAGGCUGGUAGCCCUGGUGCCCCCCAAAGUCACUGCCAUCCCCGCCCAGAGCAGAGGAAC